GAUGCAAUAACAAGUUAUUAAUUCAUUAAUUUUCUAGACACAAGUAAAAUGUAUUAGACAAUUGCUUAUUCCAGACUGUGCAAACAAAAGUGAUCAAAAAAGUCAAUCUAUAUAAGAUGACGGCUCAAAAAUAACUUUAUUAAGACUUGCAGACCAAGAAGUACCAUCUUCAAUAGGAUUUCUGAUGUCAAAUUAAAUUAAACAGGAUACAUAUUCAUAGCUAUCUUUAGAUUAAGAAGAAAACGAUUUCUAAUAAUAGAGUAAUAAUAAAAAGAAAGGUAAAUAAUUUGCCAUAUUUUUAUAAUUAUUCUUUAGAAAGAAAAAAACAUCAUAGCCUCAAAUAUUUAAGUUGCAAGGUUCACAAUCUUGUUGGAUCACUUAGAUAAACUACUUAUAAACAGAUGGCAGAUUUGCUUGCUUCAGAAAUAAGUAAAUCAAGUUUAUCUGUAAAUAUAAUAAUUAAAAUUUUUAUAUUUUUUAGUAAGAUAGUAAAAAUCUCAAACGUAGAGUUUAUGAUUCCAUUAAUGUAAUGGUUGCCCUAGGAGUACUAGAAAAACAAAAAAAGAUCAUUAUCAAAGGAUAGAUGUUUUAAUAGAAUCAUAUGACUAGUAAAUAUGUCAGAGAUACUAGAGAUAGAUAUGAAAUGUUAAGAGUAAAUUAAUCAAUAACUAUUAGUAACAAUAAUUUGAUGAACUGAAGAGAAAGAAAAUACUAUUUUAAAAAUUGACUGAUUAAGCAAAAAGAAUAAAUACCUUAAUAGAUCAAAAUAAGUAUUAUAAUAAAAUAAUAUCUAUAUUAGACCACUCUAAAAAGAUGAAUCAGACUUUUUACAAGGUUAAUAAAUACAAAUAUAUCAAUUUCCAAUCAUGAUAUUUAAGUUACCAUAAAAUGCAAAAGUAUUAAAUUAUAUAUAUAAUAGCUUAAUAUAUUAACUAUUGAUGGAAAGACUUAAGUUUAAAUAUAGUCAGAUCAUGAAAUAAAAAUUAUUGGAGAUUAUGAUAUUUUGUCUUUAAUCAAAAGAGUUGAAGAUGCCAAAGAUAAAACUCUUCCUGGACCUAUGUUGAAUUUAUGA